CUGUGGGUGGCCUCCCUGUGGUCAGCUUCCACCUGUGCCAUGGGGCUGACAGCCCUGCCCAGGGCUGGCCCUAGAGCAAAUGGUGCCCCAGGCGAGGAGCAUCUUUGGUGCCCCUGCACUUGUGAAACCUUCGGCUGCCUUCUAUUUUCCGGCGUUCGUAGCCCAUUUCACGACUUCGUUGCACGACUGGCACGUGUGCUUUAGAAGACGAUAGCCUUGCACGCUGGGCUGUGUCAAUCUGGGCGGCUGGAGGAAAACGCCGCUCUCAGGAAGUCCGGGAGGUGCCGCGCGAUUCUCCAAAGGCCCAGGACGUUCUAGGAGAUUAGUGACCAACGAAGCCACGCAGGGAAUGCCCGAAACAUGGGACUUUCAAACGUUGCAUUCCCCUUCUGCCGCUAACCACAGAAACAGCCCCCCCGGGCCCGGCACGCCAGAGAGCAGGCUGCCCGGAUACUGUGGUGAUGGGGGCCACGGGCCACGAGGAGCACAGCGGGGCCGGUGUAGCUGACAUAGGAGGCUGGGCAGAACCUGAACGCAAAGGGAGCUUAAAGCUGGCUGUGCCACGUCCUUCGGUCCUGCACUCAGCAUAGGGACGGCCUGGCUGAGAACCGAGGCCCGUCAGAGUCCACAGUCAGGGAAUGUGCGGCAGAAUUCUCCUCUGGGUGCAGAUUUGGUCCCCAGGAUCUCCCCGCUGAUGUGUGAUUGCUCUUUGACGAAAACCUGCCCUGUGUAACCUGGCAAAGUUGCCAGAGCAUGUUAACUCUGAACCUUACUGAUGACACGUGCAGAUUAUACCCUGAGGUGGGUCACCAAGUCUUUGUGGAGGGAGUAGUAAGGAGCUUUACCACAUUUGUGGAUCAAAUGAUGCCAUGAAGGGGCAACAAACUGUUGAUUGCUUUAGCAGAAGGAGCCAGCUACUGUCUUCUCCCACAAUCUCCCGAUGCCUUCGUAGGUGCCAGACCCCUGCUGUCCCUCCCCAGCUGCCACGCCCUGCAGGCUUUCCCUGACAGCUCCCGUGGUGCAAUCACGCAGCGUCCAGCAGCUUACAGCGAGCGUGGAAAGAGCGCACGGCAAACGGAGCUGGCUAUCCAACUGGGGGCCCGCUUUGCAGAGGGGACUCCGUUCAUUGUCAUUAAGGCACACAAUUUCCCAUCUGCUGCACCAGAGGCCGCUGAGUUCAGCGAGGGGCCUGGCCACCGAGUCCAGUAGACGUGGCAUGGAAACCAGUGGGCCACAAAAUCCAGGGGUCCAGCUGCAGAACCGACAAGAGUCCUGGGAGAAGAAGGUGACUCUGCUGUUGGCUGUACAAUCGUGCCCCCCUGGGUGCCUGCCUGGGCUUUGGGCCCCUAAUCCCACCUCUGCUCGGUAUAUUUGGGGAGAGCCUGCUCCUUCCUCUGAAGGGAUCUGGAGCCGUCCGGCCCCUGGGUGGUUUGGAUCGGAUCCUCCCAGGGCCUCCUGUCUUCAGCAGUGGGCUGGCAUCCCGGGCACCUCGGCUUGUGCACUCUGCCGUCCCGUCCCAGCGCUGGCUGGGAAUGGCUCUCCUACACCGCUGGAAGUCUCUGCUGGACCCGUGGUGCCUGAGCAUCUCCCCUUCCCCAGGCAGGAUGGGGUUACAGCGAAGGGCGCUGCCUUCUCUGAUCCACCCUCCCCUGGAAAAGGGAAGGGGAGGCUGGCCUUGGUUUCCUCUGCAGAGCUAGACGGCUCCUCUGGCUGCCCGGCGUUCACUCCGACUGCUGUAGGGGAGAGGGGAAGGCGCCCACUGCUGCGCUCCGGGACUGGAUCAACCCCCUCACCCACACCCUGCAGAUUGGAGUCCCGGCGACCAGCCGCAGCACGGGGAACUGUGUUUCUGAAGCCCCGUCUGCGUGGGGGGAGCAGGAGACCCUGGUGGGGGCAUCUGGGCGACAGCGAGGUGUCUCGGAGCUCUCGGGCGCCGUUUGCUGGCUGCAGCGAUCGCUGGGCGUAUUGGACCGGUCUGUACAGUCCAGCCUGGACCCCCCACUUUUGGAUGUGGGCGGGGGGGCAACCUCUCCAGGGCGUCGGGGGGGGCCUGCUGGCUCCCCGCCCUUGGCCUGCUGCCUCUGACUUCAAAGCUGACGCAGCCACAACCUUCUGGUCUGAAUUAAGCCCAGCUGUGUGGAGCUGCAUUCUUCAGGGCUGGCUCCGGCUCCCCCUCCGCCCCCCGUCGGCCGCGCAUUCCACCGCCCUCUCCGGAAGCCCCGGAGCUGCCCCGUCCUGACAGCUGCACCGCAUCUGCCUGCUGCAGAGCCCGGUGACCCGGCGGCCCCGAAGGAAGCUUGAAAGACAAACAGCCCCCGCCCCCCCACUGGGCCCUGUCCCCACACACCCAGCCCCUGCGCAGCCAGCCAGCCCGUAGGCCAGGUUAGGCCAGGGUCUGUGCCCUCUGGGGCUGGGGGGUUUCUAACUUUGCCCUAGCCCCCCCCCCCGGGGGGCGUGAGGCUGCCAUGGGGCUCGGCGGAGCCUGCCGCCUUCUGCUGCUGCUCUGCCUGCUCGUGGGGCUGCUGACCCCCAGCCCUGGGCAGCCCCCGACGGAGCUCACGGACGACGAGAUCGAGGAGGUUCCUGCGGGCUUCCUGCGGGAGGUCAGCCCUGAGGUCGAGGAGGAGAAGCCGGGGGGCAGGGGCUGGAGGGACCCCCCCGAGCCGCAAGGGAGGCUGAAGCCUGCAGGGAAGGGCAAGGCAGCUAAGGUGGAAGAAGGUACGGAGGUGGAAGAAGGGACAACUGUGAAGGUUAAAGAGAAACCCAAGAAAGGGAAAAAGGAGCGGCCCCCCAAGCCCACCAAGAAGCCCAAGGAGAAGCACCCGAAGGCCACCAAGAAGCCCAAGGAAAAGCACCCAAAGACCACCAAGAAGCCUAAGGAGAAGCGCCCAAAGGCCACCAAGAAGCCCAAGGAGAAGCCUCCCAAAGCCACCAAGAAGCCAUCUAGCGGGAAGAGGCCCAAGAUACCACCCCCCACCCAGCCAUAUGAGGAAGAGGAGAGGUACCGGCAACCCGAGAGACCUCUGAUUCCCCCACCAGCCGAAAAGGAUUACAGCCCGCCCGAGACUCCCAGAAUUGCCGCACCCUAUGAUGAGGAAGAGGAGAGAUCCCGGACGUACGGGGAAUGGGACAAAGCUGGAUUUCCCGAGGAGACGGCUGAGCCGCGCCGGGCUGAAGAACAGGAGCCGGGGAGCCGCCAGAAUGAGUUCCAUGAGCCCCCGACGGAGCCGUGGGAGCCCGCCAGGGAGGACCAGAGACCGGCGCCCGACUCCGUGAUGACGGAAGAGCCCGAGCCGCCCACCGUGGACUAUAAUGAGCAGAUCGAGCGGGAGGAUUACGAGGACUUCGAAUACAUCCGGCGGCAGAAGAAACCCAAGAAACCUCCGAGCAGGAAGAAACCCGAGAGGCCGCCGUUGGAGGUGGAGGAGAAGCCACCUCCAAAGCCGCCCAUGGAGCCCCCCACCCCGCCCCCCGAGCGGGACUACGAUGAGGAGCUGCCACUGCCGCCACUGCCGGACUAUGACGACGUGGAAUACGGCCUGCCCCAGCCCAAGAAGUUCCCCAGCAAGAAAGAGGGUGAAGGCGAGAUGGAAACGGACGAGGAGCGACUCAAGCCACGGAAGCCCAAGAAAGGUGGCAGCAGCAAGGAGGAGGAGGAGGUAGACACGGAGGAUGACAAGUGGGCGGAGGAGAAGACCAAGGAGCGGAAAGGGAAGCCGAAGAAGCCGGGAGGGAAGAAGUGGGAGACAGAUGAGGACGAAUGGAAGCCCGCGGAGGAGAAAACAAUGUGCCCCCCCAUUGGCAUGGAGUCCCACCGCAUCGAAGACGACCAGAUACUGGCCUCGUCCAUGCUCCGGCAUGGCCUGGGCGCUCAGCGCGGACGGCUCAACAUGCAGGCCGGCUCCAACGAGGACGAUUUCUUCGACGGUGCCUGGUGCGCCGAGGACGACACCCGGGCUCACUGGAUUGAGGUGGACACCAGGAGAACCACGAAAUUCACAGGGGUCAUCACACAGGGCCGGGACUCCCAGAUCCACGAUGAUUUUGUCACCGCCUUCUACGUGGGUUUCAGCAACGACAGCCAGAACUGGGUGAUGUACUCCAACGGCUACGAGGAGAUGCUCUUCCACGGCAACGUGGACAAGGACACGCCGGUGCUGACCGAGUUCCCGGAGCCCGUGGUCGCGCGCUUCAUCCGGGUGUACCCGCAGACCUGGAACGGGAGCCUGUGCAUGCGGCUGGAGGUGCUGGGCUGCCCCCUCUCCACCAUCAGCAGCUAUUACAGCCAGCAGAACGAGGUGACGUCCACCGACAACCUGGACUUCCGCCACCACAGCUACAAGGACAUGAGGCAGCUCAUGAAGGUGGUGAACGAAGAGUGCCCCAGCAUCACGCGCAUCUACAACAUCGGCAAGAGUUCCCGCGGCCUGAAGAUCUACGCCAUGGAGAUCUCGGACAAGCCGGGGGAGCAUGAGCUGGGGGAGCCCGACUUCCGCUACACGGCCGGGCUGCACGGCAACGAGGUGCUAGGCCGCGAGCUGCUGCUGCUGCUGAUGCAGUUCCUGUGCAAGGAGUACCAGGACGGGAACCCGCGUGUGCACAGCCUGGUGACCGAGACCCGCAUCCACCUCGUGCCCUCCCUCAACCCCGACGGCUACGAGAUCGCCAGCCAGGCGGGCUCGGAGCUGGGCAACUGGGCGCUGGGCCACUGGAACGAGGAAGGCUACGACAUCUUCGAGAACUUCCCGGACCUGGCCAGCGUGCUGUGGGCGGCCGAGGAGCGGAAGUGGGUCCCGCACCGGGUCCCCAACCACCACAUCCCCAUCCCCGAGCACUACCUGGCCGAGGAUGCCCACGUGGCCGUGGAGGUGCGCGCCAUCCUCGCCUGGAUGGAGAAGACCCCCUUCGUGCUGGGAGCCAACUUCCACGGUGGGGAGAAGCUGGUGUCGUACCCCUACGACAUGGCGCGGCCGCCCCCGGAGGGAGAGGGGGCGGUGCCACGCCUGCCGGACGACUACGAGGACGAGAACCUGGAGGCGCAGGAGACCCCCGACCACGCCAUCUUCCGCUGGCUGGCCAUCUCCUAUGCCUCGGCUCACCUCAGCAUGACUGAGACCUUCCGCGGGGGCUGCCACACCCAGGACAUGACCAACGGCAUGGGCAUCGUCAGCGGUGCCAAGUGGCACCCCCGAGUCGGGAGCUUGAACGACUUCAGCUACCUGCACACCAACUGCCUGGAGCUGUCCGUGUACCUGGGCUGCGACAAGUUCCCCCACGCCAGCGAGCUGCAGCAGGAGUGGGAGAACAACAAGGAGUCGCUGCUCACCUUCAUGGAGCAGGUGCAUCGAGGCAUUAAGGGGGUCGUGACAGACCAGCAGGGGGACCCCAUUGCCAACGCCACCAUCGUCGUGGGAGGAAUCAACCACAACGUGAAAACAGCCAGCAGCGGGGACUACUGGCGCAUCCUGAACCCAGGCGAGUACCGCGUGGUGGCCAGGGCCGAGGGCUACAACCCCAGCGUCAAAACCUGCAACGUCCUGUACGACAUCGGCGCCACGCAGUGCAACUUCAUCCUCUCGCGCUCCAACUGGAAACGCAUCCGGGAGAUCAUGGCCAUGCACGGGAACCGGCCCAUCCGGCGCAUCCCCCCCGGGCGGCCCAUGACGCCCCGGGAGCGCAUGCGGCUCCGCCAGCGGCUCCGCCAGCGCAUGCGGCUCCGCCAGCGGCUCCGCCAGCGCAUGCUGAACGCCACCACCCCCGGCGCCCCCCCCACGUUGGCCCCCACCGCCUCCCUCCCCUUCGCCUUCAGCAGCACCACCUUCGCCCCCUGGAGCCAGCCGCCGCCCACCGCUGCCACCUGGGAGACCGAGACCUAUACCGAGCUGGAGACGGAGACGGAGGCCAGGGCCUGGGAGGUGGGCACAGGGACCCCGCAGCCCCUGACCACGGCAGAGACCUACACCGUGAACUUUGGCGAUUAGGAGGCGCUCCGGUCGCUGCUGCCUAAGGCCCAACCCAGAUGCUAGCGCCCGGCGGCCAGCUCGCUACCCGCGGCCAGCCGCCCUUUGCUCAGCUGCAGGCAGUCAUCUGCUUCUAGAGACCCAUGGCUCCGGGCAGCCUGCUGUCGCCCCAGCACUCACCCCCACCGGCCUCCUGCUUCCAUGCCAGGCUCACCAUGCUGCUUUCUAGGAGUCCAGGGAUACGUAGCUGCCCGCAAGGGGCUGGGCAUGAGGGUGCUUGACCCUCCUGGGCAGGAGACGACGGCAUCCCCUUGAGACCGGGCAGCCCUAGGAGCUGGCCAGGCUCAGGGAGCGAGGGAGGGUUGGUGAGGGACCCGCCCUGUACCUCUGCACCGCCCAGCAGGGGGAGCUGGGACCCUCUCCAGGGCAGGGCCCAGGAGGCAGGGGCAAUACAGCCCCACGGGCAGAUGGGUUUCUCCACGCAGUUCCUGUUACACGAAUAAAUCCAGCUACGUUGGUAAAGGUG